UAAUGCUCUAAAACAUGGGCUACCUCAAAAGCCCAGCAUGUGGAUAAAUAGAGUAACAUGAGGCAACCUUUAACAAUUUUCAGAAAUGAAGAGCUUAUAUGAAGAGAAGUGUAAGAACACAUUCUGGCUAAGACCAGCAUUUGGUAACAACAAUAAUCAUGCUACAUCAACCCGCGCUCGGGUGCUCAUGGUUUCGGUAUUCACUUUCCUUUUCGUAUUUGUGAUGGCUGCGUGCUGGUUAGAUUUUUCCUCGUUUGCAGGUCAAUCGAUCCUACAAUUCCAAACAACGAAAAAGGUUCAUGAAACACCUCUUGAUGACUGCCUUGCUUGGAAUCAAACUCUAACAUGCCCCAAAAAUACUUACCCAAAAACUCAUAAAAAUCUAAACCAUUCAUCAAUCACAACAUGUCCUGAUUACUUCCAUUGGAUCCAUGAAGAUCUACGGCAUUGGAGAAAGACAGGGAUCACAAGAGACAUGGUGGAUAGAGCAAAGUCGACGGCCCAUUUCAGGCUAAUAAUCCUUGAUGGAAAAGUGUAUAUAGAAAAAUUUAGAAAGUCCAUUCAGACUCGAGAUUUACUUACGCUAUGGGGGUUUCAACAAUUAUUAAGAAGGUACCCUGGCAGGGUUCCUGAUUUGGAACUUAUGUUUGAUUGUGAUGAUAGACCCGUGAUCAAUGCUAGACGCUUUCAGGGACCAAAUGGACCUCCACCGCUAUUCAGAUACUGCUCAGAUCGCGAGAGUUUGGAUAUUGUCGCACCAGAUUGGUCUUUCUGGGGAUGGCCAGAGACAAACCAAAAGGCAUGGGAAGUGACAUUGGAAGAGAUUAAACAAGGAAACAAGAAGGUGAAAUGGAUGGAUAGGGAACCUUAUGCUUAUUGGAAGGGCAACCCUACUGUUUCUCCUAUCAGAGUUGACCUCAAAAAAUGCAACGUAAACAACACUACUCAUGUUGACUGGAAUACUCGUUUAUUUUUUCAGGAUUGGGCUAAAGAAGUUACAAAUGGAUUUCAGAGUUCUAAUAUCAAAGAUCAAUGUACUUACAGGUACAAGAUAUAUGUAGAAGGAUGGGCGUGGUCAGUGAGCGAAAAAUACAUAUUGGCUUGUGAUUCACCAACAUUAUAUAUCACCCCACGUUUCUACACUUUCUUCGCUAGAGGGAUGGCGCCCCUCAAGCAUUUCUGGCCCGUUCGCGACACAGACAAAUGUAAAUCACUUAAAUUUGCGGUUGAGUGGGGGAACAAUCACACUUCCAAGGCACAAGAGAUGGGCGUGGCAUCAAGCCGGUUUAUUCAAGAGGAAGUCAAGAUGGACUACGUUUAUGACUACACGUUACAUCUAUUGAUAGAAUAUGCGAAGCUCUUGAAGUUCACACCUAGUAUGACUCCAAAUGCUGUGGAACUAUGUUCAGAGUCAAUGGCAUGCCCCGCGGAACAGAAGUUCAGGGAUUUCAUGUUGGAAUCGUUCGUGCAAGAACCUACGGAUAGAAUCCCAUGUAAUAUGCCUCCACCCUAUGAUCCUUCGACCCUUAAAGAUAUCUUAGACAAUAAAACAAGAGUUAUAAAACAAGUUGAAACAUGGGAGGACGAAUUUUGGAAGAAUCAGAACAUAUGAUCAAGUUAUCACUAAAAUGUUGUAUUGUUACUUUAAAGUGUAUCAUAUAUAUACGUAUAUAACUAUAUAAGAUCUUGAAGCCAACUUUUUAUUUU